AUGGCGCCCCGUAUCACGUACAAGCGACGCCACGCGUACAACACGCGCUCGAACAAGAUCGUCAAGAAGCGAUUGCCCGGCGGGUCUUUGGGCAUCGCCUACGUCAAGAAGACGACCAAGGGCGCGCAAACGCCGGCUGGUGAUGCCGGUCGCAUUCACGGGGUUCCGCGCGUGGCGACGCAAAAGUAUAGCCGCAAGCACAUGUCCAAGAACAAGAAGAGCGUGACGCGCGCGUACGGCGGCGUCUUGUCCGCUGGCGCGGUUCGUGAGCGCAUCGUGCGCGCGUUCCUCGUCGAGGAGCAAAAGAUUGUCAAGAAAGUGCUCAAGCUCCAAGCCGCCAAGGAAGGCAAGUAA